UGGAUGGCCAGGCGGCCCGCUUGCAGGAUAUCCAGCGCUCAGCCAGGAAGCCACCCAGGGCCCUCGACCAUGGCCAGCAGCCCUUUGCCGGCCCCCACAGACCUCCUGCUGGCCGCCCCGUCCGGCGCUUUCCCGCCCGACCCGCUGCCCCAGCCGCCAGCCGCCUCCCGCGCCUCCACCGCCCCCCCGACGGCCCCCGGCGCCAUGAAGCCCAACCAGGUGGGCCAGGUGAUCCUGUACGGCAUCCCCAUCGUCUCGCUGGUGAUCGACGGCCAGGAGCGCCUGUGCCUGGCGCAGAUCUCCAACACGCUGCUCAAGACCUUCAGCUACAACGAGAUCCACAACCGUCGGGUGGCGCUGGGCAUCACCUGCGUGCAGUGCACGCCCGUCCAGCUGGAGAUCCUGCGCCGGGCCGGGGCCAUGCCCAUCUCGUCGCGCCGCUGCGGCAUGAUCACCAAGCGGGAGGCGGAGCGGCUGUGCAAGUCGUUCCUGGGGGAGAACCGUCCGCCCAAGCUGCCGGAUAACUUCGCCUUCGACGUGUCGCACGAGUGCGCCUGGGGCUGCCGGGGCAGCUUCAUCCCGGCCCGCUACAACAGCUCGCGGGCCAAGUGCAUCAAGUGCAGCUACUGCAGCCUCUACUUCUCGCCCAACAAGUUCAUCUUCCACUCCCACCGCACCCCCGACGCCAAGUACCUGCAGCCCGACGCGGCCAACUUCAACUCUUGGCGCCGCCACCUCAAGCUGAGCGAGCGGGCGCCGCCGGACGAGCUGGUCUUCGCCUGGGAGGACGUCAAGGCCAUGUUCAACGGGGGCAGCCGCAAGCGGGCCUUGCCUUGCUCCGCCGGGCCGUCCGGGCACCACCCGACGGGAGCCCCGCCGCAGCCCCCGCAGCCCCCUUUGCCUUGCCACGGGCUGGGCUCGGUCAAGGCGGCCGCCGGCGGCGCGGGGGGGCUGGGGGGCGCGGGGGGCGCGGGCGGAGGGGGGCUGCUGGGCCCGCACCUCCUGGCCGGGGGACCCCCGCCGCCGCCGCCCCCGCCGCCCCCGCCGGACCUGGGCCAGAAGCGGCCGCGCUUCGACGACGAGAGCGACCUCCACGAAGCGGUGGCGGCGGCGGCUGCAGCAGCGGCGGCGGCGAUGGCGCAGGGCAAAGGGGCGCGCAGCUACCCGCUCAUGCCGCUGCCCAGCAAGGGGGGCUCCUUCGGGGGCGCCCUGUCCAAGUUCCCCGCCUGCGGGGGGCUCUUCCCGCACCCCUACGGCUUCCCGGCCGCCGCCGCCGCGGCCUUCGGCCUCUGCCACAAGAAGGAGGAGGCGUCCGACGGGCUGGGCGUCGGCGCUCCAGGCGCCUCGGGGGCUUCCAAAGCCGGGGCGGGGGUCCCGCCGGCCGGAGCGGGGCUCUCGGGCCUCUUCGGGCCGGGGACCCGCAACGACGCGGCCGCGGCGGCCGCGGCGGCCGCCGCCGCCUUCUACCCGCCCUUCUGCAUGUUCUGGCCCCCCCGGGCGCCGGCGGGGCUGCCCGGCCUGCCCACCUACCUGCAGCCCCCGCCGCCCCCGCCGCCUCCACCGCCGGGCUGCUCGUCGCUGGGCGGGGAGAGCUCCCGCCUGCUCCGCCAGGCUUUCCUGGAGCUGGGCGCCGAGCCCGGGCUGGAGGGGGCGUCCGCCGGCGGGCUGGGGUCUCCUCCUGCUGCGGGAGGGGGCAGCAGCCGGGAGCCGCGCGCUUUCGAGGGCGGUGGAGGCGGCGGGGAGGGCGAGCUGGGCGCCUCCCCCAGCUCCGAGGGCGCCCACCUGCUGGAGGGCCCGGCGCGGCCCACGGGGGGCUCUGCCUACCGCCACUCCAGCGCCUUCCGCCCGGUGGGGGGCAAGGAGGACUCGGAGAGCCUGGCCAAGCUCCAUCAGCACCACCAGCCGUCGGGCCGGCCCGCCUCGCCGCCCCCGGCCCAGCCCCCGCCGCCACCGCUCCUGGUCCUGCCGGCCGAGCGCCAGCCUGCCCUCCCCCGGCUCCUCUCCCCCGGCGGGGCCAGCGGCAGCUUCCCCAGCGAGGACAGCAGCGAGGAAGAGGAGGAGGAGGAGGAGGAAGAGGCGGAGGUGGACGAGGGCCCGGCCGGCCCGGAGCAGGAGCAGCUGCCGCCCCCGCCUGCGCCCCCCGGCCUCCCCAAAGCGCCCGGCAGCCCCACCCUCCACCCGGGCCAGGAGAUCGCCACGACGACGACGACGACGACGCCCUACAAAGAUAUCCCGAAAAACAAAGAAGCCCACCCCGUCAGCGUUUCUUCCAAGGAAGACCAUUUUUCAGAUAAGAACAAGGAGCACAGCUUUUUCAUCACCGACGCUGAACAUCCAGGAGACUUCUGGACAAAUAUAGCAGGUGACCCCAUUCAAGAACCCAGUGCCCCCCAUUCUCUGAAAAAGGACAUGGAAAACAUGGGAAAAGAAGAGCUUCAGAAGGUCUUAUUUGAACAGAUCGACUGGCGCAGAAGGCUUGAGCAGGAAUUCCAAGUGCUGAAAGGAACCACCUCAUUCCCAGUUUUCAAUAAUUUUCAAGAUCAGAUGAAGCGGGAGCUGGCCUACCGAGAAGAAAUGGUUCAGCAAUUACAAAUUAUCCCCUAUGCAGCAAGCUUGAUCAGGAAAGAAAAACUUGGCACACAUCUCAGCAAAAGCUAA